UAUGGAAACAGGAAGUAGAUUACAUUUCCAACUGUCUCACACACCUGCCCCGACCGCAGCGUAUAUCCACAUCAGAAGAGUUUCAUUCGGGGAGUGAACAUAAAUUCCAAAGGGUGGGGGAAAUUCCAAAUGAAGGUUUAAAUUGAGUGUUCAUCAAAAGCUCUUCAGAACGUUUUCUGUGUGGAUUACCACUCUCUUAACAACACUUAAACACUUUAUGAGAUACUGGAGCGCUUCCAAAGAACCAAAGAUGGCUUGCCUUAAAAUCUACACUUUGAGUUUCCUCAUACUCAUCGCUUUUUUUGUGGAGACAGAUGCAGUGAGUUGCUGUCUUAGUUACACGAAGCACCCUCGACGCUGUGGAAUUCUGAAAGGCUACAUUAUCCAAAACAUGACUGGCAGCUGUGAUCUUGCAGCAAUAAUCUUCCAAACUGAGAAAGGAAAAUCUAUCUGCGCUGACCCAGCACAGAAUUGGACACAGAAGAGAGUUGCAUGUCUGAAGAUGAAGGCAGCAAGAGUGAAGACUGGCGGUUUUUAAUGUUUUAAGAACACCAAAAAGCAGAGGCUCUUCUGGAGUUUUCCUCUUUAAAAAAGAGAACUUAUUUUCUUUAUAUUGGCAUCACUUAAAUGCACUUUCUUGUACAGAGUAUUUAUGGAGGGAAAAUACAAGGCAGCUUUACUACACUGUGGAUUUUAGGCCUCUUGUUGUUUUUUAAACUAUGCAAAAUAUUUUAGUUAACUCACUAACCAAGUUCACAAUUUUUACUAAUUCAAAUACUAUUUAAAUGUCAUCUAUAAAGACUAAUAUAGGCAAAGGAAUUAUAUAUUUGAUAUCGUUCACAAAUGGUUUUUAAGGGUGGAUGUAUUUUGAGCUUUGUUUUGUGGAAUGGCCCCUUUGGUUAGUCAGUGCUGCCCUCUACUGUUAAAGCUAUGCCAGUAUGACAAAGUAGGAAAUGUUUUUCCAUCUUUAAAACUUAAUUUAUACAUUUUAUACAAUUGUAUAUAUAAAUUGUUUUUGUUUUCUGUUACGUUUCACUUAUAUGUGUUUUUAAAUAAAGGUCACCAAAAUGAAAACACAAACUAACUUUACUAUGGAUUUUCAGGUCUCUGUUGUUUUUUAACAACUUAUUUAUAGGGCAAAAUAUUUCAGAACUCUAUGUAUUGAAAAAGGUUUAUUAUUAACUCACUAAUUCAAUUCACAAUUUAUUCAUUCAUUUAUAUGUACUGAUUAAAAAAAAAAAAAAAAAACUUUUAAAUGUACUCAUUAUUGUGCUCAAUACAUCACAGUAAUCCACAUGACUCCAGUCGAUCAAAUGGCAUAUUAAGAAGCAAAAAGCUAUGUGUUUGUAAGAAACAAAGUAAUCUUAAAGACAUUUUUAACUUCAAACUGUUGCUGGACUGAAGUCAUAUGAAUUACUUGUGAAUUAUUGUGAUGUUUUUAUCAGCUGAUUGGACUCUGACGGCAUCUAUUCACUGCAAAUGAUCCAUUGGUGAGCAAGCGAUGUAAUCUUGUGCACACCAUGUGCCAAGCAUGUCAUCAAAUUAAAAUGAGGGUACAAUCA